AUGGAAUACUACUAUAACGGCGAAAAUAUAGAAGAGGUGAGCAGAUGAAAUGUUUUUAUUUUAAUUGAAUAUAAAUAUUAAUUGAAGUGUACAAACAAGAUAAGUUAGCGCUCUAGAAUGAGGCAGUUGAAUAGAGCAUUAACUUAUGGGGGGCAGGUUGUAAACUAUAAUUGGAUCAUUUCAGAAAAUAUCAUUGCCUUCCCCACUACUUAGGAAAGUUAACUCCCUACCCCCUUAGAUGUUCUAAUAGCCUUAUUACUAGUUAUCGGAAACAACCUCUCCUCCCUUUCUGGAUAACAAACAUUCCCCCUAUGAAUCUGUCCAAGGGUGGAUCUUUUCUGGAAUUACUCGCUUACUCGUUUCCACUUUUUUCCCUGUUUUGACGCGAGGCCCAAACGAACAUAUUGCACAGUAGACACAGUAGGUACAUAUUUUCUAGGUUGUUGUUUGUUGUAAAAUCUAAGUAUUGCAAUAUACUAUAUAAUGCAAUAUGUAUAUGUUCAUAUGGCUCUGACGACUGCUCCAGUGCGCCACCGAAGCGCCGAACCAACUAAUCAAACUUAUAUGCUUUUCACGCACAUACUAAUUUUAAUUCCAACUGUUUCUUUCUGAAAUCAGUGUUUACAAAUUCAGUUGGCGGGGAGGGGAGGGGGGGAGGAGGAUCCACGGGUCCGCGGUUAUAAAAUAUGUCACUGGUCCCGCAAAACAUUAAUCUGAUUUUGACAUCUGGUUUGACAAUCCAACAUCGCAAACUGGUACCAUCCCGAUAGUAUACGAUACUGCAAAUUUAGGACCCCGAGUUAUAUUAAUAUAAGUAGGAAAUGAAAACUUUAUCGUGCUAUUAAAUAUUCUAGGUAAAUUUUGAAGAAGAGGACAAAUUAGGUAAUAUUCACAAUCAAGAAUUAUAUUAUUCAUAUACAAUUCAAAAAUGUUAUAUUUGUUAUUGUCAAAUUGUUCAUAGAAGAAGAAUCACUUUUAUAUAUCAGAUUGAAGUGGUUCUUGUAAACAGGGCCGUACGCAAUAUUUUUUCAACAGGGGCUGUAAGGCCUAUAUGCCGAAAAAAGUCCCAAAUAUCCAAAGAAUAAUUAAUAAUGACAUUCCAAAAAUCGUAAAUAUAGUCUUCUCUUCCGCCUGCCCACGCUGUGUACGGCCCUGCUUAUAAAUCCCAUAAUGAAAUUUUGGGCGUUUGAGUUCUUAAUAGUUUUGACUUUCGAUACUUGCAGAGUAAUUUGGCAGGAAACUGCGAUACUUCAUUCUGUUAGAAAGCCAUAUGUUUCAAUCAAUGGUAGUCAGGAGCGCACUCCUUAUCAUAUCAAGCUCAUCUUCUGUUUUUCCUUCUUCACUUAGAACUGGAGCCUCCAAAGGCAGUGAUCCGGACGAAGUCUUACGGCCGAAGAUCUCGACCGUAAGUUUUUGUAGUUCAUGAAAUCUGGCAAGUAACACAACCUUCGUUGCUUUGAGGGCCCCUUUUUGGGUUUCUCGGCAAACUGGCUGCCCUCCACUUUUGUAGGCCUUGCAGAUCGGCUGACUGUCCUUCUUUACCAAUGAUAACCAUCAUUUCUUCCCUAGAGAAAACGUUCAAAUAGAAUGUUUAAAAAAAAGGUAAGUCAGAAUGAAACAGGAGAGAGAAGAUAAGUUGAGGGGACUGGACUCUAAUCAGAAUCGUGUUCGUUCGAGAUUAGAGCAAGAAUUGGAGAUCGUCGCUGGUCUCUUGAAGAAUGUAUUGCAGGCUUAUGGAAAUAUAGAGAGCUUUGGAUCGAUAGGGAUCCAACUACCUGAAAAAUACAAGGAGAACAUUCAAAGCUUUCUUGCAACUACCCACAUUGACACGGACGCUUAUGCCAAUAUAGCCGAGUAAUUAAUACUCACACUGGUUCAUCUCAGGUGUGAUGAAACACAUGGAACAGAAAAAUUAUCAUACCAAAUCUUUCUAUUACCUACACUGUUUUAUAGUUUAAGUUUAAUUUUAAUUUUGUUCAAAUUCCAGCUUGCAGACGCCGAAACAACGGCCCAAGAUUUUUACAAUGAAAUCACAAAAUUAAAUUUAAAAAUAGAAGUAAGUUUUCAUGCAUCUCGUUAAUAAAUAAAGUUUAUAGCGAGAUAUAUAGUGGGGGUUUUAUUGGAAAUGAGGAAAGCAUUCUCAGUAAUUUCAAUUCCUUUCCAACUUAGGGAAUAACACAUCAGUUGGAGGGGGAGAGGCAAGAAAAAGAAAGUAAGUACAUAUCAGUACUAGUACCAGACCCCAACCUUCUUUUCUAUAACAGGCAUUGGAUGUAUUUCUAAUAAUUUAGUAUUCAAAAAAUAUUUUACCCAUACAAUUAGUCUCUAUGGCAGGAGUGGAAAUCUAAUUUCCGACUAGUUUCUGAGAUGUUAGCAUUAUGCAAUUAACUUGCAUGUAUCCGGUAUCCACACUCAACAUCCACCGUGGAUCCGCCAUUUGCAAUCUUUUUGUAAACAGUUAAAGACCUAAAACUUUUCUUAAUUUUACAUUGGUAUGAGAUAAACGCAUAGAUCAGUGUAGUCCGUAUUAAACCCAGACGUCAUUUCCCACGCUCAAUUCUUUGCUCGGAAAGUAACGUCUGCACACCCGAGCAGGAAUGAGAUUUCCAAGUGAUUAGCCAAUCAGCAUUUGGACAGAGAACCAGCUUGCGGGACUGGUGCUGUUUAUUCGUGGGAUCUGUGGGAUUUUCCCGAAAAAUUGAGUAUGACAACAAUAACAGCAGUCAUAACAUCUUUAUAGCUUUCGGGGGCGUUUUGAACAAAUUUUAUUGUUUUUUAUUUUCACUUCGGCCUCGGCACUUGCAAUAAUUAUGUAUUUUUAACAAAAGAUGCAUCAGGAUUUUUAAAAGCAAAUAAACGUAGCUUUGUAUUUUUCUUUAUUCUGGAUUUAUACUCGCACAUUAAUACAAAGUUGUUCGUUGUUUAUAUUUGCAUUUACGUUAUCGCUUUGUACUUCUGCUCUUGCGUUUUCGAACGAUUCUUAACAAAGUUAUCAAAGGAAAUGGAUUGAAAACUAUGUUAACCAGAUGAGAGCAGAGUGUUACUGAAUUGUAAUUUGUUUGAAAGCUACUGAAUGUAAAAAGUGCCAAAUAUAGAACUGUUUUACGGUGAAAUAUGAAUCGAUUGAUCAUGUAGGUACCGUAUAUCAGAAAAAGAUCGGCUGCUCAUAUUUCCACUAGUACAUAUAGGACAGUAAUUCUAGCUUCUGGCUUGUAUUCUGUAUACUAUAAUUACUAAAGAGUUUUUAAAAUUUAUUUAUUAAACAAAAAAAAUGACAAUCCUUAUGAAACUAUUACAAUAAUUAUGUUAAGCAUAAUUUUUUUUUAGGAAAUAAGAAAAUUUAAUUUCUGCCAGGCAUGUUAGGGACCGGUCAUUAAAUAUUGAGGGGGGGGGGAUGGAGGAGAAAGUAGGGGGGUCCUGAUAGUUUUUCAUUGAGAUGGGGGAUCUUGAAAAUUACAUUAUGUGAAAGAGGGGGGUCCUCGGAUUUUUCCCAACAAAAGGAUUCUUUCUCGUUAUAUACUAUGAACAGCCAAAAAAAUGCAUAAAAUGCCCUUUAAACUGGAACACUGGGUAUUAACAUAAUGCUCUCUGCGCUCCUUCGCCCAGCGGCUACGCUCGUGUUCCAAGAUCCGCCAUGUAAAGUGUAGUGAAAUGUAUCUCAUCGUAAUAUUAAAUCCUAAGAAAACUAAAGCCUCUGCGGAAGAGAGAGAACAUAAUGAGUAAAGCAUAAAAAAUAAUAUAAAAGUGGAUGUAGGCGAGACAAGCAUAGGCCAUAGAGUAACCUACCAAAUAAAUUGUAAAAUGUUUAUUUAACUAGUUUCAUCAAAUUUUAUACCUCUUUUAAUACUCUUCAUUGAUCACUUGCUCUCCUAAGCUUUGUCCUAAUCGGGCCAGCCAUCAAUACAAAACUAUUUUUUAAGCAGUACAAGAGGGGGGAGUCUUUAAAAAGUAUAAAAAGGCAUAUAAUUUUUGAGGGGGGCGAAAUUUUUUUCCAAAUUUCUAGUUUCUCCUCCAUCCCUCCCUUGCCAUAUUUAAUGACCAGUCCCUUAGUUCUUUUAUGCAUAAUUAGCAAUUUACCUUGGGUGGUGAAAUGGUAAUUUUCUUGUAAAAUGUUAUACUUAGACAAAUUUUCCUUCCAAUAACCACCCCUAAAAGCAACCUAUCUAAACACUAUAAGCACUUCAGAAAGUUAUCGCUUUUCCUUUUCGUCAUUUUAAGGACUUUCGUCCUGAAUUCAGAUUUUGGCACAUAUGCCAUGUUGACCGCCAUGGUCAUUUUACCCUAAAACAGUUGAGAUAACUUGUCCUAAAUGAAACGCAUACAAACUCUUACAGCUAUUUCAAUUAAUUUGUAAGCGAUUCCCAGCAGCCUUUCGUUCUCGUAUUCGACUUUUCCGCUUUUCUUGAAGGUGGCGCUUGAACAGAGCAACGUAAGAAAAGCACACAGGAACGGUUACCAACAUAAAAUUGAUGUCGAUUUCACACUCUGUAUAAUAUAAGACAAACUACUUCAGUAAAAGUUUGAAAAUAAACUGCCAAUGUACGCACACAUAUCAAGUUAUGCCCCGUCUACACUACGCUCAAUUUUUGGUACGGGAGGGAUAAAAUUGGUACCUAUACCUCUUUUUUGGUUCUUGUACUACCUACUUACCUAAGCCCCGUUUACACUACACUCAAUUUUUGGUACCGUAUACCACUUUUUGGUUCUUGGACUACCUAAAUAGGUAGUCCAAGAACCAAAAAAAGUGGUACGGGUACCAAUUUUAUCUGUGCCGUACCAAAAAUUGAGCUAGUGUGAUCUUCGAGUUAAAUCCGUUUAAAGUUAAGCCCCGACCACGCCCAAACCACACCCAUUUUAUCAAGAGCUUAACUCGAAAAGGAAACACAACUCUUGCGACUCUUGCGAUCGAUUUCACUUUCUGUAGUUGUUCUCUUGAAGUUGAAAUAAAGAUGAACUAAGAAUAAGUUUGCUUGUUGUAUAUGCAAUAGAAGCAUAGUGUUCUUGUUUUCUGUGGUAAAACUAAACAAAUGAGCGAUUGCACUCGACAUGCAGACUUUCAAGGACAACAGCAUAAUCUAUUAUAUUUGACUCAAUUAUGAUGACUGGCAAAAGCUUUAAUUUGAAAAAAUAUUUUCAGUAUGGAAGAUGACGGAAAAAGAAAAAGAAGAGCAGCUAAGAAAAAUGGAAGAGAGGUGAGGGUAAUGGUUGUCGUUCUGGUCAGAUAUUCAGAUGUCGUGUAAACGAAAGUUUGCAUAAAUAUUGUAUAACAUCUAUACAUAAUUUAUAUAUAACUUGGAAAGAGAUAUUGCAAUCUUAACAACGAGUGAAUUAAGGGUAUGUGAAAAGGUUGAGUGACUCCCCUGAGUCCAAAAACAAGUGUAAACAGAGUGGUUUGUUUUAUCCUAAAGUUCUGAAAUAUUGCUUUCACAUUGUUAUAAUCGUUUAGGAGAAAUUAUACUGCUCCAAAAAUGGCGGUGCGUGAAAAACUAAUUCAUUUCUAUUAUUAAAGAUGGAAGAUUGAAAAAACGGAGAAAGAAAACCUGGAACCGGAAUUGGAAAAAAAUGAAAGAAACCUAAUAUUACUGCAGCAGCACGAAAAACGUACAAAAAUAGAAAUGCAAAAAUUAGUUGAAGAGGUACAUGUAUACCCACGGUAUUUUACUGUAGAUUUAGUUGGUAGUAGGUUAAGCGAGGGAGGGGGGUAGUCAGGGCAUUUUUUACAUGUAAUUACAUAACUACUGGGGCAUUUGGUCCAGUAGACCUUUGUUUGCGCCAGUAGUGAAGCAAUCAAUAUUUUCAGAUGAGCUGGGCCCUUUCGAUCAUUAGUAAAAAGUCAACCUUGUGAAAAAGCUGCAUCUACCUGCUUUCUCAUGUCCUCUCACACUCUCGACCGGCAUUCCAUCUUAUAAACGUCGGACCUGGAAGUGGCGGCGCUAAACGGGGAGGAGUGGCGUUGGGGAUUGGAACACCCCCAAUCGUCAGGCAGUCGGCAAAUGAUCUAUUCUCAGUUGGAUAGGAACGAAAGAAACUAACAUGUUAGAAUGACACAAAAAUUUAGAGAAAUAAGAUGUGCGGAAAAUGUUUCGAUGGAGAGCCGUGAAACACGCCCCCUUCCCAUUCGCCAACAAUUUUUGGGAAGAAAGCAACAUUUCGCUUAAAAACAAAUUUUGCGUGGGAAAAGUUGGAACUUGAGCAGACUGUCGAAGAAUUACGACAAAUAUUUAUAAAUGGGAAAACGGGUUUGAAAGGAAAAUUAAAAAAAGAUUUUGUACACUUGCUUUCUGACAUAAAACAUUGCUUGAUAUACAGAAUAAUCAGGAUAAAGAGAACAUUAUAAGGCUGGAAAGAACGAUAAAAGAAAGAGAAACAGAAAGGGAAAAAGAAAAUUUAGAAAUGGCGAAGGAAGUGGAAAAAAAGAAAAUAUUGAAAAAGGUAAGGAUGAGGGUUGUAUACAUAUAUAUGUCACUUUGCAUAAAUAUUGUAUAACAGAGAGGCAACCUGGUCACAGGCUCUAUAACACAGAUAACUUUAAACCCUGCAAGAUUGAACUAAGUUGAACUUGUGUUUUACUUAAUUAAUAUUUUCUCGUUCUUUCAGAUUUUGGGAAGAAUUUGA